AACCUAAAAGAAAAGAAAAGAAAAGAAAAGAAAAAAAAAGUCUCGAUCAAAGCGCCAUAAUAAAGCGAAAUUCAGAGAGAGAAAAUAAAAUAAAAAAUAAAAAAAUAGUAGUGGAGUGGUUUGGUUUCGUGGGUUUUCUAUUUCAAGUUACCGUCAAUCUCAUUUCCUUCAAUUUCUUCCUUCCCCCAGAAGAAAUUCUCAAUCUGGUUGGGUUUUGGUUUUCUUGGGAUAGAUCAACGGUUGAUUUUCCCGGAAAAUCUGUUUCAUUAAUUUUCUUGGGAAAAUAUCGAAAACCCUAGAUUUGUAUCAAAGGGGAAUUUCUGCAUCCGUUGUUGUUGUUCAGGUUUUUUGUCGAUUGGUGUUGUGUUUGAGAGUGUACAUGCAAAGUCAGGGUUCGAUGGAAGAUCCAAUGGUCGUCCAUGUUGAUGAAUCGAAGAAAAUGAACAGCAACCUAGAUCACGAAAACAGUGCGAACAAGUCUCUCAAGAAGAGGAAGAGAGCUUCUUCUUCUUCACUGGUCCAGACAUUGACCACAGAAAACAGAGAGGCUCGAGUUAAUGCUUUACGCGUAGAGAUGGAGGGUUUGUUCAAGUACUACAAAGAGGUUUCAGAUGAUAAAAUAAAUUUGGAUUUGAGUGAGUGUGGUUCGACCAAUUCGGCGAUUGCGUACUUGCUCGAAGAGACCACUCUUUCGCUCUCAAAAUUGGUCGAUCACAUUUAUGAGAAGAUGAGGGCGAGAGAGAGUGGCUCUGCUUCUGGGUUUUCCACCACUGUUGCUUCUGUGAAGAGCACUGUGCUUUUCAUUGGUCAGAGAUCUUUGUAUGGAGUCCCCAAUGCUGAUGCUGAUAUCUUAGAGGAUGAGACAGAGUCCUGCCUAUGGUGUUGGGAGACAAGAGAUCUGAAAUUAAUGCCAAAAUCUAUGCGUGAGACACUGAAAAAUCGUCGGACUUGUCGGAAAAAGAUUCAUGAGAGGAUUACUGCUGCUUCUGAAAUGAUCAGUGCACUACAGAUGCCAGAGAACCAUCAGAACCAUAAACAUGAUCUUACAAAAGCAUCAGAAAGGCUUGGUAAAGUUUUAAGUGAAGCGGAUAUCCGUUUGUUAGUGCAAAGCAUGGAGCAGAAAAAUGGUGCCAACAUGGCUGACAAGAAAACAAAAAGAGAAGAGAAACAGCUAAUCAAGCAACUGGAGAGAAAUAAACGAGAAGCUGAGAAGGAGAAAAAAAGAUUGGAUCGAGAACUUCAAAGAGAGAAGUGGCAAAGUGAAAAGGAGCUAAAGCGGCUGCAAGAAGAGGCAGAAAAAGAGGAAAGGCGCCGCGAGAAAGAAGAGUUUGAAUUGAGGAAACAGCUAAGGAGGCAACAAGAGGAAGCAGAGAAAGAUCAACGACGCAGGGAAAAGGAAGAAGCUGAACAGAAAAAGCAACUUUCCUUAAAAAAGCAAGCGUCACUCAUGGAGCGGUUUCUUAAAAGAAGCAAGAAUAAUUCAACUUGCCAGAAGGACCACUCUUCAACCAAAGCAACAAUUUCUGAUUCAUCCCUUAACAGGAUUGAAAAGAUGUAUGAGUCAGUUACUUCGUCAAUGGACUGUGCUCUUUCACUAAUAGAUGACAUACACACGGAGGAUAUUCGCAAGUUGCACCUGGCUUCUUGGCGUUGCUUGGGUCAUGCAAUUCGUUCAAACAGGAAACAGCAUUGGGGCUUACGCAGAAAACCUAAGAGAGAAGUAGUCAAGGAACUCAAGCUAAGUACAAAUAGAGGAAUGGCCCUUGAUGAUGAGUUGGGCAUUGAGAAGCUUGUUGAUGGAUGGGGUGAAGCAAAAGUUGAUGGCAGAUCAUGUGAUACAAAUGCAGAUAGUUCUGUUUCUAACAGUCAGAGGCACUACCCGAGUAAGCAGUUAUUGCAGUUUGAUAAGAGCUGUAGACCUGCAUUUUAUGGUAUUUGGCCUAAGAAAAGCCAAGUUAUUGGACCACGACACCCUUUUAAGAAGGAUGAAGACUUGGAUUAUGAUAUUGAUAGUGAUGAAGAAUGGGAAGAGGAGGAACCUGGUGAAAGCUUAUCAGAUUGUGAUAAAGAUGACCAAGAAGAAAGUUUAGAGGAAGGGUAUUCAAAAGCUGAUGAUGAAGAUGAUAGCGAAGAUGGCUUCUUUGUACCCGAUGGAUAUCUCUCAGAAAAUGAGGGAGUACAAGUUGACAGAAAAGAAUCUGAUUACUUCAAUGAGGAGAUCAAGAGUUCGUCUGGUUGUAAGCAGGAGUUGGACAGUGACGAUAUGAGUUCAUUUUUUCGACAGCAGAAGUAUUUACACAACUUGACUGAGCGUGCUCUUCGGAAAAACCAGCCCUUCAUUAUAUUGAAUCUGAUGCAUGAGAAGUCGUCAUUGUUGAUGACUGAAGAGCUCACUGGUACAUCAAAACUUGAACAGAUGUGUUUGCAAGCUCUAAGUAUGCGUGUGUUCCCUGGUGGUCCAUCUAUAGAGUUACCAAUUGAUAAUAAUAUCCGAGAAAAGGAUCAAGACAUUUGCACUUCAAAUAGAAAGGCCUGCACCACUCCAAUGGCAACUGCGAUGCCUAUCUUGGACUCAGAUUUACCUCAGAUUGUAUCUGUCAUUCGAUCAUGCUCUCAGGGUAUUAACAAGUUGGUACAGUCUUUGCAACAGAAAUUCCCCUCCAUCUCAAAGUCCCUACUCAAAAAUAAAGUGCGUGAGAUAGCUGACUUUGCGGAUAACCGUUGGCAGGUUAAGAAAGAUGUUUUGGACAAGCUUGGCUUAUCAAUUUCACCUGAGAAGGGUAGUGGGAGAAGAAAGAGUAUAGCCACAUUCUUCUCGAAAAGGUGUCUGCCGCCUCCUGCCGAUAAUGGCAAGGCCAUAAACCCAACUGAAACCUCUCCCCAGUCAUCCCAGAAACCUUCCACGGCCGUUGUUCAGUUGCAGCAAGUUUACACAAGCAAUCAUCAGUAGCCUUUAGGUCUGGUAUAACUCAACUACUACAGAUUCUCAUACUAUGUCCCAUGUAAUUAUACAUCCUCAUGUUAGCUGUGUAGUAGUCAAAUUUUUGUUUCAGAUAAAGAAUUGAAUUAGUUGGUAUUAUGUGACCUUUUUGAAGUUAUGAAUUUGUUUUUGAAAUGGAACAAUUUUUUUGGCUUACAUUGGAAGAUGUAAUGAUUGAAUUUUUUUUUAAUGUCGUCA